AUGUCCGAGGACAGACAGUCCACUGAGUCUCUCCCACCGCCGGCUGAAGCGUCUGAUGCCGCCAGCAACGGCAGUCCGCCAGCGCGGCCCAAACCUCGACAGCCUGCUCUGUCGACCAAGCCGCCAUCCAUCGACAAGCCGGAUGAGGGAAUUCCUAGUGAAGCCGUUCAGUCGGCUCCCAUGACGGCCUCCAAUUCCUCGUCCUCAGAGGCCGGGCAGGUUUCUGAUCCUCUGGCAGCGGGCCCCUACAGCACUCGAUCUCGAGGCCGCAACGGGGCUUCGCGGCCAAACUACGCCGAGGACAUCGAAAUGGACUUUGAAUUGACCAGUCCUGCGCCUUCUGCUAUCAAGAUGGCCACUGCCGCUGCCUCAGCCAAACGGUAUGCAGCUUCCAGCCUCAGCAGUUCUCCAGCUACCACCGAAACCGAAAAGGGCCCGGCCGCCAGCACCCGCAAGGGCCACGCCACUACCAACGGGGUGCACCCCAGCCCGGCCGCCAAAGACAUGAUUCCCGGCACCUCGAGUUUUUCCGCCAACGCUGCUGCGAAUGGCGCUGUUUCAGCCGUCUCGCGGAAGCGCAAGCAGCCACACGGCGGCGCUAGCGUCAAUGGCUCUGCAAAACGCCUCAGCACCGCUGCCGAAAACCAGUCGAAUUUUCGCCUUUCUAACAUGAUGACUUUUGAGAACUGCGGUGCCCGUUUGAUGAAAAAUGGAAAAUUAAAAGCAGAUGACGGCACCACCCUCGAAGUAAAUGACCAUGUGUACCUGAUAUGCGAACCCCCCGGGGAGCCGUACUACCUGGGUCGCAUUAUGGAAUUCCUUCCUGCCAAGGGAAAUCCUUCAGGCCCCGUGGAGAUGAUUCGCGUCAAUUGGUAUUAUCGACCAAAGGACAUCCAGCGCAGUGUAUCCGAUCCUCGCUUUGUUUUUGCUUCGAUGCACUCGGAUCCGUGUCCUCUUUCGUCUCUUCGCGGCAAAUGCUCCAUCUCGCAUGUCUCAGAAAUUAGCAACCUAGACGACUAUCGCCGACUGAAAGAUACUUUCUGGUACGACAAGAUGUUCGACAGAUACAUGCUCCGCUACUACGAUGUCGUACCGACCAAAGACGUCAUCAAUGUGCCUGAGAAUGUCAAAAGGGUUCUUGACGAGCGCUGGAAAUUUAUUCUCUGCGAGCCUGCCCGCAAAAAGGAACUGACAGGUGCGGUCAAGACUUGCAUCAAAUGCGGUUUGUAUGCUGCUAGUGCCGAAUCUGUGGAUUGUGCCGUCUGCCACAAGACGUACCACAUGAAUUGUGUUCGCCCAAAAUUGACCAAAAAGCCGGCCCGUGGUUUUGCAUGGGCUUGUGCUUUAUGCAGCCGGGCGCAAGAACGCAGGCUAGAGGCUCGGAAUACAUCCAACGUGACAGCGGACUCCCAUCACGAUAUGGAAGAGGAUCUGCCAGAAGAAGAUGACGACGAGCCCAUGGUUGACGCCACAGCAACGGGCCGAAGCAGCCCGGCGACCGAUGAUAAGACGAAGAAGCCGGAACCGGCUACAGCAGCACAGAUCGCGCAGGCAAAGAUGUGGCCGUAUCGAUACUUUGGAAUUCAUUGCCAAGUAGAAGACGCCUUGGACUACGAUGAUAGAAUUUAUCCCCGCGCGAGCUCUCGAAUCGGAACACGCCAUCAGGCCAUCACUGCUCCGUGGUAUGGGCAGCCUGUUCAGUAUACAAAACCCCUGGAUGCCAGGAAAAAGGCAAAAGGCACUGGCAAGGGCGCGGUCCAUAAAAUGUCCAAGGAAACCCAGGCGGCCAUCGAGGCCGAAAAGCAGGACAGGCUGGCAAGGCCCUGGGUCAUGGACGAACCUACAGGCUUUAUUCGACGAGGUGAAGACGAGCCCGUCACAGUCAACGGAAAACAGGUUCGCACGGCUGAGCUGUUGUUUAAGAUGUCCGAAGCCAACCAGAUUCCCUCUGGUCGUGGUGAAGAUGACGCCCCAGGAUCCGAAAUGACUCCGGAAGACCGAGAGAAAUUUAUUGACGAAUACAUGACGAGAGCCAAAGAAGUUGCUUCCGAAAGAGGCCUCCCGAAAUACCACACCAAUUUCUUGGAUAAAGCGUUGGAAUAUCUCUACAGCGAAAGCUUUAAUGUGGACGCUGCCCUGAAAAAGCUUAAGAAAGCCGACCUCUACAAGGACCUCAAAGAGCCCAAACUGAACAAAGAGCAAAAAGCACUUUUCGAAGAAGGCGUUUCCAAGUAUGGAUCGGAAUGGCUUAAUAUACGCAGGCACAUUGGAAACAUUGAACCCCGACACGUUGUUCGCUACUACUAUAUGUGGAAGAAGACACCCGAAGGCCGUCGCAUUUGGGGAAGCUACGAAGGUCGGCGAGGCAAGAAAGAAGCAAUACGAGCCAAUUCAUCAUCAAAGUUGCUUGACGAUAUCGCCGAUGAACAAGACGACUCGGCCUUUGAUAAUGACAAAGCGACUGACAAGAAACGUGGCUUUCAAUGCAAAUUUUGCACAACUCGCUCGUCUCCUCAGUGGCGGCGCGCACCACUGACCACCCCUGGUGCGACUGUGCCAGCCGACCCAGCCACCAAGAAAGCGGACAAGGGGCCCCAGCUCGCAGUGGCGCUUUGCCAUCGAUGUGCUAUCAUGUGGCGCAAGUACGCGAUUGAAUGGAAGGAUGCCGAUGAGCUAGCCAAGAAACUCCAGGCAGGCGGCAACAAGGCCUGGCGGCGCAAGAUGGAUGAGGAGAUGCUUGCUCAAAUGCUGGUUUCGGACGAGGGACCCCUCAACAUCAACAGCAACACCAGAGCAACAGCACAACAGAUAGGGGUAAAUGUCAAUGGCUCAGUAGCCAAUGACUCUCAGUCGGAACCUGCCAAGAAGAAGCCUCGCACCUUGAUUGACAAGGACAGCGCAACAAAUUCGGCUAGAAACUCGGUUGAACCGCUCCCCAGGAAGAAGGCGACCGAAAAACCCGCUGAGCCCAUACCAAUAAUACCGGAUCACCCUCGGCAGAAAACGUUACCAUGUGCAGUUUGCCGACGUAUUGACUCGGGUGCCCAGAAUUCCGUCACAUGUAAGGACUGCCAGCUCACUGUUCAUCGCCGCUGCUAUGGCGUCAAUUCUCGGAUCGACUCGACGAUGAAAUGGUUUUGCGAUACAUGUUCCAACGAUCGCAAUCCAACUGCUUCAACACGGUAUGAAUGCACGCUAUGUCCAGUUACCGUCACUGAACACGAAUUGAUGGAAGCUCCGCCGAAAUCGAGCAACAAGAAGAAAACAGACCGCGACAAGGAAAAGGAGAAAAUGGACAGGGAAGUUAUUGCAAAGGUUAUCAAGAACUAUCAGGAGAAGCAAGAAGCUGCAGGAAAACCUAUCGGCCCUCGCGAACCACUGAAGCGGACGGCUGGCUACAACUGGGUUCAUGUCAACUGCGCGGUCUGGCACCCAGAGAUCAAGUUUGGAAACGCCGAGGAGUUCGAGCCGGCAGAUGGCUUUACCCUGAUUCCACGCCAGCGCUAUAAGGAGAUAUGCAAGGUGUGCAGAACCAUAAACGGUGCCUGUGUUUCCUGUGAUUACCCGGGAUGCAACGCAAAAUUCCAUGUUGGCUGUGCAUUUCAGGCUGAGUAUGGCUUCGGCUUCAGCGUGUCUCCUGUGAAAGGGUCUCGCAAAGAGGCGACCGCCACCGUAAGGAUAGGCGAAGAAACCGGGUUGGCUUCCCCUACUGUUUGGUGUUCGUCUCAUACACCCCAAACGAUCGUGCACGACCUCGGCGAGCCUACGGAUCAGGACGGACUAAGCGCGCUAGGACUUUACGUAAAGACCUAUAAGCAAGCUGAUUUCACAAUAGCGCGAAAGACAACAAGUUCACAACAUAUCAGCGUUCCGUCCACCCAUACUUCAGUCAAUGCCAAUAGGCGAGCUUCUGCGGCCAAUGCGGGAGUAAUCGAGGCGAGGAACACCGCUCACGAGAACGGGGAGGGCCUCGAUACCAGCCCACCAAUGGAGACUUCACACACUUCAGCCGGUCCUCAAGGUAGCAAGGCUUGUUUCCAUUGCAAGACGACUUUCAGUCCGAGAUGGUGGUCAAUUGAAAAUCCUUUCCGCGGCGCCAUGGCUGCUAAUGGCAUGAGUCAUUUGACCAACGGAGCUGGUUUGCAUGCACGAACCAUAUCGCAAAAUUCCAUCCCUUAUAUCAAUGGCGACCACCACCAUCCAGAGAGCGAGCCGGCAUUUGAAUGUCAUAAAUGUCACCUCAAGAAACCAAUGGUCGUCCCCCCAUCGGAGUCACGCCCCCCACCAUAUGCUACGAACAUGGGCCACGUGUUGCCAGGCUCUCGGGCAGCAGACUACACACCACCAUACGUAUCGCAUGCUCAUCCGCCGCAACCAGGCCCCUUGGCCCGUCCUCCUCACCCUUCUGGGCCACUACCGCCGCCGCCGCCGCCGCCUGCUGCCCACAGCUCAGAAUGGUACAAUGGGUACGAGAAAAUGCCUGGUCAUGGAGUUAACGCUUUACCGCCUCAAACAAAUGGCUUUGGGCCACCACCUGUCUCGUAUUCUUCGGGUCAUCUCCCGCAUCUGAAUGGCUAUAAUGGUCCUCCUGGAGCACCAGCACCGGUGCCACCGCCUGCUCAUAGCCACCAUGGGCCGCCUCCCCCUCCUCCUCCCCCCCAAGCUCCGCACCACCCACACCCUGCUCCAGGGCAUUACGGAACCGUUCCUCCUCCACCUCCUCCCACGGCACAUCCUUAUCCGGGACCACCAUAUGCACCUUCGACGCUGCCUUCGCCGCAUGCACCGCAAAACCGGCCUUUUGGAACAUCCAUGUCACCGCCUGAUAUACAUGCAAGCAUUGCGCGUCGUUCCCCACCGAAUGCGUUAGGCACGGCACCUCGGGGGUAUCCCGUUGAGCGAGUUGGACAUUCUCCUUUGUUAUCGAGGGGAAGCGUCGACCCUCCGCUACCGAGCACACCAAACCGAUCUGAGGAGCAAGCGAUUGCAUCUACGCGUCCUACAAGCAGCGGGCGAUAUGUAGGCCCUAGUGGAACAAAUUCAAAUACAGGGGCAAGUGCCAGCCCUUCUUUGAAGAAUUUACUUUCGUGA